GGGGCCGAGCGCUGUUAGGCGGAAGUCCGCGCACCCGGCUUAGAGAAAGAAAGAGACCCGGAUGCCGAAAGUAUGGAGUUCCCUUUCGACGUGGAUGUGCUCCUCGGCGAGCGGAUCACGACGGUGGAUCAGCGCUUGCAGCCGUCGGGCAGGAAGGGACCCGGGUUCGCCCUGACCCAUAGGGCUGAUAUGCAGCAGCAACUCAUGAUGAUCAUAGAUGAGAUGGGCAAAGCCUCUGCCAAGGCCCAAAAUCUGCCAGCCCCCAUCACCAGUGCCUCACGGAUGCAAACCAACCGCCAUGUGCUCUACAUCCUGAAAGACACUGAAGCAAAAAUGACUGGGAAAGGGGCUAUAAUUGGCUUCCUCAAAGUUGGUUACAAAAAACUCUUUGUAUUGGACCGUCAAGGGGCUCACAAUGAAGUGGAACCGCUGUGUGUCCUGGACUUCUACAUUCAUGAAUCUCUCCAGCGGCACGGCUACGGCAAGGAGAUCUUCCAGUGCAUGCUGCAGCGAGAGCGAAUAGAACCCUAUCGGCUGGCGGUGGACCGGCCAUCAGAAAAACUCCUGUGCUUCUUGCGUAAACACUACAACCUCAGUGACACUAUCCCCCAGGUGAACAAUUUUGUAAUUUUCCAGGGCUUUUUCAGCCACCAGCAUGCUCCAGCACGGAAGCUGCCUCUAAAACGUCCUGAGGGAGACAUAAAACCAUAUUCACUGUCAGAUCGAGAAUUCCUGAAGGAAGAGGCUGAGCCGCCUUGGCCCUUCAACCAAUCUCGGGCACUGACCCGCUCUAGCAGCGUGGGGAAUUCUCCAGUGCGGGGCUGCCUCAAACCUUUCCUCAAUGAGCAAGAGCUGCUGAAGAACCUGCGUCUCUGCCCGCCACAUGCAGCUGCCCAGCAUCUGAUAAACGGCGAUCCGGGCAACUUGCUGUCACAGAGGCGGAGAACCAGCUCCCUGAAUCGCUCUGAAAACAGCCAUUGAUUGCCGGUCUCUGCUGUGUCUCCCUAACCGUUGGCUCUUUACUCGUGUCUUGAGCACUUUCUAGCAGCAAGCUUUGAUUUUACAUCCAGUUUCUUCAUCCUCUCCUUUUUAAUAAGCUUUAUGGGUACAGCCUAUAAGGAUGGGUAUUAGCCUAAAAGGAUGUGGGUUUAUUUAUAUAACAUUGGGUGUGUGUAGGUUUUUUGGUCUUAGUUCACUUUUUUAAUAUUCCAAUUUCCAGAAGUGCUUAAGAAAAGGAACUUAAUUGCAUUUUGGAAGAGCAGAUUCUCCUACUUGAUUAUUUGCUUUCUAGAUACAGCUGUUUAUGAAGAUAUGCUGUAGUUCCAAAAUGGUUUACGUUUACAGCUGGGAAGUCAGUGCUGAAAACAAAACAUCCUACCCAGCAUUAUAGUAGUAUAAAUUGCUACCUGCUACAGCAUGGGUUUGCCAAUCCCCAGUUUUUCUGUGACUAAUUUAAUUUAAUUUAAUAGAAUUUAGAGGGAACCCAAGUCCAAAAGAUUCUGGGUGCCUUAUUUUAAAAAAAGAGCAAGAACAAUAAAAAUGAAACAGAUCAUAAGUGUCCAGAAGGCAAAUCUGGAACCCAAAGAAGGAGAGGGUAAAUUAGUUGCCAGCCAUAAAUGAUUGUUGAACUACAUAAGGAUUCUCUUUCUAAAAGCUGUGGGCCUGGAAGCAAAGGAGUACCUUUAUACUAUAUUGGUUCUAGGCCAGAUGGUUUUACAGUAAAGGUUUAAUUUAAUUUAAUUGGUACUGAUACUAUUACUACUCUUUGGAUGAGGGCCAUUUCUAGUGUUGGCUUUUUGAUCUUGGAGAUAAUUUAUGUUUUUCUUUCAGAGAGCUGAAUGUUGAAAUAGUAGAGGCAUUGGUAUGUGUGUUGUUGUCUCUAGUAAAUGGUUUCAGAGAGUUUGUAACAGUUCAGAAAUCUGCCUGCUUUUACGUGGGUGUUAGCAGAAAGUAUAGACCUUCUUAAGUAAGAUCACAGAAGAUUAUUUCUCAACAGGUUUUGAAUGAAAAAUAAUCAAGAGGGGAGUACAGUAAUGGAAAGCUUUGCAAACUGUCACUGAAGUGCUAUAAUACUAGUAUUUAGUUAAGUUUAGUAUUUAUAUACUGCUCUGGUUCUCGGCAGAUGGUGUAUUUCACGAUAAAGCACCCUCUGGUUUAUAAAUGGUUUAGGAGAAGAUGUUAAAAUGAAUCUUCACAGGAUCCCUGAUUCAGAAAUGAACUAUUUCCAAGAAAAAAUGAGAAAAACCACAUGUAAGAGGGCAGCAUUGGGUUAAGUUGCUCAGAUUUAAUUUAAAUUUAGAUAUAUAAUUCCUGACCAAGGGAAAGCAACAGUACUAGAUUCCCUCUUUCCCUGCCAUCAUUUUAUUCAUUCUCUUUCUCUCUCUCUCUC